GAGAGCACACACCGACAGACAGGAGGUAAGAUAUAAAUAUUACCUGAGCAAAGAGACUUGAAGGAGAACGUCCUGGCGGACUUAAGGAAGAAAAUACUUAUAUUUUAUUUCCAUAAAACCUGUUGGUGAAUGAAAAACAUUCAAAGACGCUAAGUGAAAGUAACUGAGUCAGCUUUCAACAACAGGGAGAGAGUCACAAUGUGUGUUCAGCUUUACUCAGGCACGAAAUGGCUUCUAGAUCAGAGGAGGAUUACUGCUGUCCGGUCUGUCAUGACAUCUUCAGAGAUCCAGUUGUUUUGUCAUGUUGCCAGAGCUUCUGUAAAAACUGUCUGAACACCUGGUGGAAGACGAAACCACUGCGUGAGUGUCCAGUUUGUAAGAGACGAUCCUCAAUGGUGAACCCACCUGUUAGUCUGGUGUUGAAGAACCUGUGUGAGGCCUUUGUACAGGAGCGAGACCGGAGAGCAUUGGAAAACCUCUGUAGUGUGCACUCUGAGAAACUCAAACUCUUCUGCCUGGACCAUAAGCAGCCAAUUUGUCUCAUCUGCAGGGACUCAGAGAAAUAUACAAACCAUAAAUUCAGCCCUGUUGACGAAGCUGGGCCAAAGCACAAGCAGAAUCUGCGGGAUACUCUGAAACCCUUAAAGAGGAAUUUAAGUGUUCUCGAACAGGUUCAAGGGAAGUUAAGCAAAACAGCAGAACACAUUAAGGUCCAAGCCCGACAAACUGAGAAGCAAAUUAGGGAUCAGUUUCAGAAGCUUCACAAGUUUCUAGAAAAAGAAGAGGAAGCCAGGAUGGCUGCUUUGAAACAUGAAGAGGAGCAGAAGAUGCGGAUGAUAACAGUAGAGAUGGGCUUAAAGAUGGCCGCUCUUUCAGACACAAUCAUAACCACAGAGAAGGAGUUGGGAGCCGAAGACGUGUCCUUUCUGCAGAACUAUAAGGCUGCAGUGGAAAGAGUCCAGCUGCAGAGCCCCCUGCUGAAGAAACCACAGCUGGGCCCAGGAGCUCUCAUAGAUAAGGCCAAACAUCUGGGCAACCUGACCUUCAACAUCUGGAACAAGAUGAAGGAGAUGGUCUCCUACACGCCAGUGAUUCUGGACCCAAACACAACAAAUCUAGAACUCAUCGUGUCUGAUGAUAUGACCAAUGCGAGAGGAGGAGAUCAGCAGGAUCUUCCCGAUAAUCCAGAGAGGUUUCACGAUUAUUACAUCGUCCAAGGUUCUGAGAGCUUUAGCUCGGGGACUCACACAUGGGCCGUAGAAGUUGGUGACAAUACAUUCUGGUCAAUAGGUGUGUUAGCAGAGUCUUUCCAGAAAAAUGGACCCACACGGACUGGAUUAUGGGAAAUGCGGUUCCAUAAAGGGGAAUACUCGGUGCGGGCACUACCAGCUGCCGCCACUGAUCUGGAGUUGCAGAAGAAGCCGAAGAGAAUCAGAAUGAGUCUGGAUUGGAGCAGAGGACAGCUGACAUUCUCUGAUCUUGAUACUAACACACACUUACACACCCUCACACACGCUUUCACUGAGAGCCUGUUUCCAUACAUUAGCACAGUGGAUAAAGUACCGCUGAAGAUCUUACCAAAUAAGGUCGGUGUGACCAAAAACAAGUGUGCAAGUUUUUAGUUUGAAGGCGAUGAUAAUAGUAGCAAAAAGCUCUUUAUUUCUUUUUUAAUGAAUGUGUCCAACUAUUGAUGUGAAUAUACACAUUGAGCACAUUUAUUAAAUGAACGUUAAAUAAGUUCUAACUUUAUUUAUAUAUUAUUUAAUCUCAUUUGACAGUUAGAUUUUCUGGAACAUCAUAAUAUAAACAGAAAAUUAAAUCAGGACUCAAAUACUGUAUGUUUGUGACAUGUGGACCUAAUUGUCUUCUUCAAGUAUAGUAAAAAAAUAAGCAGUGGAUGAGAACAGAUUUAUACUAGUAUAAUAAAUAAGAAUAUAAGCAAUAUAAGUCGCCUAAGGAAAUGUUCACUACAUUAUUGUUAUGGCCAAAAUAAUUCAUGAUAGCAAUAUAGAAAAGGUUUGGGAGGAAGAAACACACAUAAUUAUCAUUAUUUACACAAUGUUAUCAUGUGUAUUUUUGUUUACAUUUUUCCAAGCUCAGUUUUUGUCAGUACAGGUAUGUUUCAGCAAUUCUUUAAAUCGCAGUUUUCAGGGUUCAUAUGCAUUUUCUUGUUAUAAUGCGUAAAGUGUUUAUUAUGGGGGGUGGGGGGAAUGCUUUGCACAGGAGGUCGGUCAAGUUUAAAUCUCCAGUGGUGUAAAAUGACUAAGUACAUUUACUGAAGUACUGUACUUAAUUACAAUUUUGAGGUUCUUUACUUCCAUUUUAUGCUAUUUUGUACUUCUACCCAACUUCAAUUCAGGGAUUAAUUGUGUACUUUUACCCCACUACAUUUAUUUCAUUCCUUUAGUUACUUUACAGACUUGGUUUAAUGAUGAACUAUAUAAUCAACACUUAAACCAGACUUUAGUUACACCUGGAGUAAAUUCAGCAGCUACCCUGCAGUAUACAAAGCCAUUAACACUAGCUGCACCUUUACCAGCUUUGAGAACACUUUAAUGAUCAAUAAUUACUAUCAAAUGUCAUAUACUGUAUAUUAUUCUGAAAUAAGCCAAUCUGCAGAAUGAGUUAUUUUACUUUUGGUACUUUAGUAUAUUUUGAUUCUAAAACUUGUACUUUUACUUGAGUAACAUUUUGACUGCAGGACUUUGACUUCACUCUGGUACUUCUACUUGUACUGAAGUACAAGAUUUGAGUACUUCUUCCACUUCUGGUUAACAAACAUCUGGCACUCAACAUUAAGUGUUAAUGUUUCAUACCAACUUACUUUCAUGGUUGUCUUAGAGUUGGCAAAGUAUGGACACGUGUCCUCUCCAUUCUGAUAUUAUCCUACGUUCUGCUUUUGUUUAGCUCAAUUUCAAUGACGACAUGUUCAGUUAUAGCUCAUUUAAUCUGAAAAUGCAGAAAAAAAAAGCUAAACCAAAUGUAAAGAUUGUUCGCCAUCUUGUGGCCAUAAAUGAAACUGCAUGGUAAACGUUCUGAUCCCUUCUUACAAUUUCCUAAAGCAGUCAACAUUACCAUUCUGCAAUGGCAUAAUUCUACACUCUAAUUUAGAACAAUUUAAACAAUGCAUUAUUCAUAAAGAUAUCUAUUCACCAAACACACAAUUACUCUUAUUAAAGUGUUUAACAGCUGAACUGUGAGUACAAAGUCAAACAGGAGCUGUGGUAUAAUAUUUUAUUCUCAUAUUUUAUGGAAUACAAAGCCCCGACCCCUUCCCCCCACCCCCCAAAAGAAAACAAAAAAAAGUGUGCACAUCAGAUCUGGUGGAAACUAGUCAAGG